UACGAGACGGUCGCACGUUUUAUGGAUAACAAAUAAACACUGGAUUAAAUGCUGAUGCUGGGUAUCUGAAUGACUGAACUGAAUCAACUCAGGAAGCCUAGUUUGUUGUUUUGUUUUGUUUUUGUGCGCUUUUGUUUUUCUUUUUAAUUGCGUGUCCCGUGCAGGACGCCGUACAGGUGCAGCGAUACAGCGCAGGAGCCUCCCUCCACUUCAUGAAAACUUUGCAAACCACGUCGGUCACUAGAGGGUGGAAACACUCAGACACGUUUUUGUCCAGUCAGCAGCCUGAAGUUUAAACGUGAACUGAUGUACAUGAUGAUCAGCACCCCACACCACCACCGUAUCCGUAUCUCAGACCCAGCUAUGCCUCCCGGAUGCUUCGUGCCUUCGCCGGGACCGCCGCCCGUCUCCACCAUCUCCCCCCCUUCACCCUGCAUGCCCCGGACCUCGCCAUCUCCCCGUAUGAGGAAGCUGAUGCUGACCCUGCCGCUCGCUGGGCACAUGAUUCGAGCCACAAGCAACCGCAGGCACAGCUGGCAUCCCGGUGCGGUGCAGUGUAGACAUCCACAGUGUGGACAGCGCAGUGUGAGUCUGGAGACUCUGGACCCUGGGGAGAUGGAGAAGGUUCAGUGUGGUAGUCUGAAAAGGCGAGACCCUCGCCGAGCUCCCAUCACUGACUAUGCUGAGGACCUGGAGUCGCUGCUGUCACUCACUGAGGAGGAGGAGGGAUCAGGUUCACAGCUCUUCUCUUUCCAAGAUGUGCAGUCUUCUCUGCAGAACUUCAGUAUUUCAGUCCCGUCUCUUUGUUUCACGCCAAGUGAAAGACAUCCGUCUCGCACCAAGAAGCGUCCUCAUUCUCAUGCCCAAGCACACUCUUCCCUUUCCUCUCUACUUGGAGGAUCUACACAGAGUCUACGGGUGGAUGCAAAGGUCAGCAGUGAGCUUUGGGACAGCAAGGAGACGACGGAGGGGCAAGGGGUUCAAAACGAGGAGAGCGAGAAGCCAAACGGCCUGCGCUCCUUAGUUCGGAGUCUCAGCUUCUUGGGAAAGAUGGCGAGGAAUUACAAGAACAAAGAGAAGGAGCGCAUGAAGGAGCGGGAGAAGGAAGCACGCGAAAGAGAGGCGCGAUACAGCAAUGGCCACCUCUUCACCUCCCUGACCGUGUCGGCCACAACGCUGUGCUCGGCCUGCAACAAGAGCAUCACGGCCAAGGAGGCACUCAGCUGUCCAACCUGCAACGUCACCAUCCACAACCGCUGCCGAGACACGCUGGCCAACUGCGCUAAAAUGAAGCAGAAGCAGCAGAAGUUGGGGAGGAACAGUUCAGCUCUUCAGAACGUGGCUCUACGCAACAAAACUCCGAUCAUCAAGGAGAGGCCGAGCUCGGCAAUCUACCCCUCUGACAGUCUCCGCCAGUCUCUCCUCGGCUCCCGGAGAGGACGUUCCACUCUGUCCCUCAGCAAGAGCGUCUCCACCAACAACAUCGCAGGCAAUCUGAACGAUGACUCUCCUUUGGGCCUGAGACGAAUCCUCUCACAGUCAACCGAUUCGUUGAACUUCAGGAACAGAGCCAUGUCCAUGGAGUCUCUGAACGAUGACGGGGAGGUGUAUUAUGCCUCAAUGCUGGAGGAGUUGGAGAGAGAGGGUCGGGAUUUCGAGGCAGACUCGUGGAGUCUGGCGGUGGACGCGUCCUAUCUGCAGACUCACCGCAAAGACAUCAUCAAGAGGCAAGAUGUCAUCUACGAGCUGAUCCAGACGGAGCUUCACCACGUGCGGACGCUGCGCAUCAUGGAAGGUGUGUUUCGACGCGGCAUGCUGGAGGAGGUGCUGCUAGAGCCGGGCGUAGUGCACGCCGUCUUUCCGUGCCUUGACCAGCUGGUGGCACUACACUCCCGAUUUGUCGGUCAGCUGCUGAGCCGACGGAACCACAGCCUGGCGCAGGGGAGCACCACCAACUUUACCAUCCAGAAGCUGGGAGAUGUUCUGGUGGAACAGUUUUCAGGCCAGAACGCGGACGAGAUGCGCAAGUGCUACGCUGAAUUCUGCAGCCGGCACCUGAAAGCCGUGAAGCUUUACAAGGAGCUGCUGGCGCGGGACAAAAGGUUCCAAAACUUCAUCCGGCGAGUGAGUAGAGGAUCGCUCCUUCGUCGCCAUGGCGUCCAAGAAUGCAUCUUGCUGGUCACACAACGCAUCACUAAGUACCCAGUCCUGAUCCAGCGCAUACUGGACAACACAAAAGGUAGCGAGGAGGAAGCCGAGUCUCUGAGUCAGGCGUUAGCGCUGAUCCGUGAGCUCCUGAGUUCUGUGGAUCAGCAGGUUCAGGAGCUGGAGCUGACGCAGAAGCUGCAGGAGAUCCGGGCUCGGCUGGACCCACGGGCCGAGACCGAAGUGAGGGGUGGAGGAGUGUUCAGAGGCGGAGAGUUGCUUCGGAGAAGACUCCUUCAUGAGGGAACGCUGCUGUUAAAAACAGCACAGGGCUCGAGACUCAAAGACGUGCAGGUUUUGCUGAUGACUGACAUCCUGGUGUUCAUGCAGGAAAAAGAUCAGAAAUAUUUUUUCCCCUGUCUGGACAAACCGUCAGUUCUGUCGCUCCAGAACCUGAUCGUCAGAGAUAUAGCCAAUCAGGAGCGAGGCAUGUUCCUCAUCAGCGACUCCACUCCUCCGGAGAUGUACGAGCUGCACGGCGCCUCCAAAGAAGACAGAAACAACUGGAUGAAAAUCAUUCAGCAGGCUGUGAGCAGAUGUCCAUCUAGAGACGAUUUCCCUCUGAUUGAGACGGAGGACAAAGCUCUUCUGCGUAGACUCAGAGCUGAUAUUCAGCAGAAGGACCGGGAAGUCCUAGAACUCCUUCAGGAGCGUGUGACCCUGUUUUCUGACCUGGCAGAAGUCACUGGAGGUCAAGAGGUCAUGAUGCCCACAAGCUCCAGGAACAUGUUCAGAGCCGACACGCCGCACGCGCUCCAAGCCGAAAAACUGCUCAACAACGCCAUCGCAGAGGUGGACAGAUUAAGUGAAUUGCUUCUGGGCUCCAGCAUUGAGCUUCCUCAGUCCUGCAGUUCCAGCAGCGACCAGAACCACACGGAGGCGCCAAUGAGCAAUGGAGAGACGAUUUCUAUAAACGGAACUCACGACGGGAACAGUCCGUCACAAAAAGACAGAAACGGUAACCAAUUGCAGGACAGAACUCCCAACGAGGAAGUCUGCCAAAGACUUGUAAACCUCAGCACGCAUCUGCACGCACUACAGGGAGCAGUGAUCCGACAGGACUCCAUUCUGGAGCUGUGCAUGCGUGACGGCUCCACCUCCACAUCCUGCUCCACUCCGUCCACCUCCACCCCCAGCCCUCUGGGUUCCGCCCCUCUGCGUCUGAGCCGCUCUUUGUCGCGUGACGCCCUGCUGGAGGGCGUGUUGCCCGGUGCGGGUGCGGAUCAGGCCCUGCUGCAGAGACAUUACGCCCUGCUGCAUGACGAGGUGUGUCGCCUCCGCCCUCUCGAGUCUCGGCUGAGGGAGAGCGAACGGGCGAGAGCGCAGCUGGAGGCUCAGCUGAGGGAGCUGCAGGGGACACACAAACGAGACAGCACAGACACAACAACUACACAGCGAAGAGGAAGUGAUGGAAGCCACACCCCCCUCGCCCCACUGGCCUGUCAGGAAGCUGACCAGUUAGACGGUGUUCAGGAGGGAAGUGAGGAAGAAGAUUCUGAAGAAGAGGGAGAAGUUCGUAUUUCUCCACGCUCAGACAGUCCCAGAGAUCUGCAGGACAUCCCAGAAGAGAGUGAGUGCAUAACCGAAACUCCUGACGGCGACUCCAGCCACAGUUAACGUCAGGUUCCAGUCGUGUCUGAAUUUCCUGCAUACAAAACGCUACACAACGCCUCCGCUCUCCUGUGACACACCCGAGAGAAAAAGCCUUGUUGAAAUUCUUACGGACGAGAUAUUGCAGUAGAGCGGAGAAAGAAGGAUUCUAAGGAAUUUGUUUUUGCCUUUAUAAUCACGAAGCUGCGUUUGUCUUAAUAAUUUAUCUCAGAAUAACCUCUUAUCAUGAACUGUAGCCUACGACUGCCUGCCUGUUUUAGGGGACCAAGCACCGAGUGCUCGGAACUCUCACGUUUAUUAUUGUUUUUACUAUUUAGUGAAAAUGACUGAACUAGAAAGGAGGCUGAAAUGUUUUUUUAAGUGAAGAUGGAUGUAAUCAUGAUGAAAUCAUGUACUGUAUGCCAUCAUUUUAUAAACGGAAAUGACGCGGGUGUCCAAAACAUGGUCAUCGUAAAAUAAUUUAUAGAAGUAAAUAAGAAAUAAAAUAAUAAUAAUGGUACACCAGGCUAAAUUUUUAUACUUUUAUAAGCAAAAAAAAAGGUUUUCAGCUCUAUUGAAGUUAACCGAGUUUGGAAAAAAAGUCAACAAUGGGUUUUCAAAAAAAAAAAAAAAAGACCAAAGUUGUUCAGCAGCCAGAAAAAGAAAUGGUAAAUGAUAUAUACAUAAUUCUAUAGAUUAGAUGACAGUGAUCAUGUUUAGUACAUUUCCGUAAUGCAUGUAGGACAUCAGAUAUACAACCACCACCCCCACCCACCCCCAUACACAAUAGUGGUAUGAUCCAUCAGAUCAUUAGCAUUUAAUCCACUUCAUCCUGCGUCGUUGUUCUGAAGUAGACGGACUAGCUGAAACUCAUUACUGGUGAAUGAAGGGUUUUUUUUCUGUAUUUUGUAUAUAUUAUGUAUCUGUAAAAAUAUUUGGAAGGUUUAAAAAAAAAAAAGAAAGAAAUGAGCUCAAACGAAUGAUCUUGUACCUUAGUGUAAACCUUGUAUCUUUUUUAAGACUUUUAUGUUGUAAUUUUAUUGUUUUUUAUUACUUGAACUUAACUGCUUGUUUGGAUUGUGAUGUUUA